AUGAAGUGCAUCAUAGCUGCAGCCGUAGUGGCUCUAGUCUUCGCCGCCGCUGAAGGAAGCGUCGUUCCCGUGACCUACUACAGCCCUGGCCUGGUCCAACAGGUAGCCGUGCCGUAUACUUAUUCGUAUCCUUAUGCGUAUCCUUAUUCGUAUCCAUAUGCCGCCUAUCCCUAUGCCUAUCCGGCACCCGCGGUCGUUGUUACCCCGCAGGAGCCUCGCUACACGGCCGUCAACCGUGGAGCCUAUCAUGAUGCUCCACUUCCAGGACACGCCGUUUCCCAGCAAUCAGUAAACAUUCAACCGGCUCCGGGCACACUGUAA